UUUUUCACUUAAGAAGUUGCUCAUAUUUUCCAAGUCCAGACUCCAGAGUAGUCUUGAUUUUUACAAACAAAAACUCAGAAAAUGGAAAACGAAAACGAAAAGGAAAUGGAAAAGGAAAACCAGGGUUCAAAUCACAACGCCGCUACCAUUGGCGGCGUUUCAGAGCAGGUAACUCCUUCCAAUUCUUCAAUCAGUCCACCCCCGGACCCAGAAUCUGAAUCCAACAAUGAUCUCAGCACCGAAGCUUUAGCCAAAGCUUUAUCAUCCAUGCUUACUUCGCUCAUCAAAGACUUCGACUCUAAAGCCCUCGAUACUCUCGCCAGUCAAGACAUCCUUAGCUCCUCAAUUGAUCGUCUUACCCGAGAGCUUGAUCAAUUACUCGAAGAUGCUCCGUCACCAUUCAUAAUGCAGCAUGCUGUCAAGUUUUCUAAUGUCAGAAAGAGAGUUUUGUCGUUGAAUUUGCUUUUGAAAUCAAUUCAGCGGCGUGUCGAUAAUAUCGACCGAAUGCUAUCAAUGGGAUUGCAACAUGAGAAGACUGCCACAGAAGGUUCCUGACAACAUCAACAUUGGCUGUAUGCUAUUGGUCUUUCUAAUGAUUUUAUCGGUCUUCUUGCCAGAAGGUGUAGAUUUCUGGUGUUUCCUGCAUUCCCUUGACUCCUCGUGUUUUAUUUUUCUUGAAUGUCAAAGCUUCAUGUACGUCCUUCUUACAAAAUGGUGAACGGACCAGCAAGCAGUUAUAUGAUUUAACCUUUGUGAGUCUUCCAUUCUCAAUCAGUUGAUUUUUAGCUUUUAGCAACGCCUGGUGAGUACCUUAGAAGUUCAAGCUGACAUGAAGAUUUUGUAAUUAUUGUUUGUCAAGAUUUAAGACCAUGGUAUCUUCAGUCUUCGUAGCGUUGUGUUUGA